GCGUCCCCCCAAACUUUGUCUCGGGCCGGGCACGGAGGCGCAGCCGGCUCCCAGCCCGCCGCCCGCGCCUUGAAUCCCCCUGAGUCCCACGGGAGCUGGCGGCCGCUCUCCGCUCCCCUUCCCACGCGGCGGGCAGCAUGGACGGGCCCCUGAACCUCUCCGCCACCCCGUGGGCAGCAGCGGCCAACCGGAGCGGCGGCGGGGGCCCCCCGGCGGCCCUGCCCGGCCGGGCCCCGCUGUCGGUGUUCGGCGUGCUGCUGCUCACCCUGCUGGCGCUGCUGGCCGCCGCCACCUUCCUGUGGAACGUGCUGGUGCUGGCCACCAUCCUGCGGGUGCGCGCCUUCCACCGCGUGCCCCACAACCUGGUGGCCUCCAUGGCCGUCUCGGACGUGAUGGUGGCGGCGCUGGUCAUGCCCCUCAGCCUGGUGCACGAGCUGGCCGGGCGGCGCUGGCAGCUGGGCCGGGCGCUGUGCCACGUGUGGAUCGCCUUCGACGUGCUGUGCUGCACGGCCAGCAUCUGGAACGUGACGGCCAUCGCCCUGGACCGCUACUGGUCCCUCAGCCGCCACCUGGAGUACACCCUGCGCGCCCGCCGCUGCAUCUCCAAUGCCAUGAUCGCCCUCACCUGGGCCCUCUCCGCCGUCAUUGCCCUGGCCCCGCUGCUCUUCGGCUGGGGCGAGACCUACUCCGAGGGCAACCAGGAGUGCCAGGUCAGCCAGGAACCUUCCUACACGGUCUUCUCCACCUUCGGCGCCUUCUACCUGCCGCUCUGCGUCGUGCUCUUUGUCUACUGGAAGAUCUACAAGGCGGCCAAGUUUCGCAUCGGAUCCCGGAAGAGCAACUCCAUCACCCCCAUCGCCCCUGAAGGGCUAGAGGUGAAGGAGGCCUCCCAACAAUCCCAGAUGGUCUUCACAGUCCGCCACGCCACUGUUACCUUCCAGACCGAUGGAGAUACGUGGAGAGAACAGAAGGAGAAGAAAGCUGUCCUCAUGGUGGGCAUCCUUAUUGGGGUCUUCGUACUAUGCUGGAUCCCCUUCUUCAUCACUGAACUCAUCAACCCUCUCUGCUCCUGUGACAUCCCACCCAUUUGGAAAAGUAUUUUUCUAUGGCUCGGCUAUUCUAAUUCCUUUUUUAAUCCACUGAUCUAUACAGCUUUCAACAAAAACUACAACAAUGCCUUCAGGAACCUGUUUUCCAGACAGCACUGAGCAGCAAGCAGGAAAUGGGAGGAAACCCCCUCUUCUCCAGCAACCCUUCUAAAGAGCCAUCACCUUCCCUACUUAGCACAUCCUGUGCAGACCGGGGAACGCUGAAAGAAACUCUCCACUACAGAGAUCACCAGAAUGAUUCAUUGAGCUCAUAAAAGAUUGCCUCUGAAAUUCAGCAGCCCUCAGAGACUCUGCCCACACUUCCUUUCCCACCCUCCAAGCCAGUCAUUUUGUAAACAGCACACAAGGGCUUGCUGAGUCUCCAGCUGUGUCCUUUUCCAGCAUGUGGCUGACUUCACCCUCUCUUCAGUGAUGUCACUCAGGUGCAGUUUGCUUGCAAGAGCAGGGCAGAGAAGUCCAUGUGACACAGAAGGGUUUUUGAAGCCCAGUGCCUGCUUAGCUCCUCUUUGCAUGUCAGAACCGUUAAUUUGCAUAUUCUCAUAUGCAAAGCCAAACUCCUUUAGCGGUAAGGUUUCUCAUGACUGUGUGAAACAUGCAUCUGAAGAAGUGGGGUUUUUUACCCAUGAAAGCUUAUGCCCAAAUAAAUCUGUUAGCCUUUAAGAUGCCACUGGACUCCUCAUUGUUUUUGUGUGAAACCAGCUAUUUUACUGAAAAAACUAUUUUUCAGAGGUGAAGAUGGAAUCUGUGUUGCAAUCAGAGAUUCAUUUUAACUCUAAAAAUGAAUCUUAUUUCCCAAAUAUAACCGCUCGGUAAAGAUAUGAGAAAAGGCUUCUGCAUUAUGGAUCUAUCAACAGUGGGACGUUUACUAUUGGAUUCGGUGUAGCAAGUUUUUCUAUAUUUACUUGUUGUGGAAGCUUAAUUUGGUAUGUUCAAUAGAGUGAGAGAAAGGGGUGCAUCAUUGAAAACAUCUGUUUCAUAUGCCUGAUUUAGUUAUGAAAUACACAGGUGUUCCUUGGCUGUGAAUGUUUAAACUUAAUAUCUCUGUUACACAAAGGAAGCUACUCUAAUUCAUGGAUGUAUUUUAAUCAACUUUGGGGCAAGUUUCCUGUAACCAUUUGAGGAUACGUGAAAUGUAUUUCAAAAUGCACAUGAGUUCAAAGCUGUGUUUUACUUUCUAGAGCGUGAUACAAUUCCCAUUGAAGUCAAAGGAAAGACUCCAGCUGAUUUCAGUGGGAGUUAAUGACCAGUCUGAGUAUAUUUAGUGGCUAAUGAAGUUUGACCCUGGGAGUCUAAGGUUUCCAGCAAUUGGGGGGAGGCUGUGUUAAGAGCCAGCAUGCUAUGCUUCAAGCAUAAACCAGCAACAGCCAUGCCUUCUGUCUAGGUUAGGAUCAACUCUAUCCUUGUUGCCCCCUUUUUACCAUAAGUGUGGGUCCUGGCUGCUGCUUACUGUUUUGCUUUCUUCCUGUGCCUCCACUUCACCAGCAUGAUUUUAGCAACUGCCAUGUCACUUGCACCUACAAGUACAGAUACAUGCUUUCUGCCCUAGGACUGCUAGAAUGACAAGUUUUCAGAUGGCGAAUAGCAUUACCUCCAACUGUCAGUUCUUGAGGUGCAACGAUUAAAAUCAGACUGGAAUUUAAAAGGUGGAGGAGAAGACAAGAUGGGAAUCAGAAUUACAUGAUUUCAGGGUCUGAUAUCUUGAAGCAAAGAUAAAGAAGAAAAAAUGCUAUAAAUCACUGGAAAGCUUUCCAGUGAUGGACAGGAUUAGUUUCUAGCCACCAUGUCUCAUGAGACAUCAGACCUUAAAACUGUCACUGGUCCUUCAAAUCAAGCAAAAAUCCUGGCCUAGAUGGUAAGAGACCUUUAAGCAUCCUGGCCAAUCUGGCCCAAUGCACUGCCUGGUGCAGGUGAAGAUCAUGGGAGCAGACUCCAGCUAUCAGGAGGCAGUUUGUUUAGAAACAAAGGAUGAACUCCUGGCCCUAUUUAAGUCAAUGGCAAAACUUUCUCGUUUACUUCAAUGGGCUUGGAUUUCACCCAAGACAUCUUACCCAGUGAAUUUUAAAAAUAUUCACUAUAUAACAGGAAAAACGAGUGAGACAGGCAUAAUCCCUCAAAAAUCCACUUGAGCAGGUUCUCUGAAUGAGGUGGUGUGCUAACCACGGACAAGCUACAGACAUUAAAUAAAGAGCCUUUUAGUACUUUUUGUUGUAUGGUUUUAAUCUAUUUUCAGUGGAAGCUCUGACAUGUUAGAUAAUCUAAUAAACCCAUGAGCCACAUUUUUACUGAUGAUGAUCAGCUUGUAUGCUGUGUAUGGAUG